CAAGACGACCUCAACCCUCGAAGCAUUUCUCUCAAUUGACCCCUCAACGAGCUACGUCGUACACCUGUGAGAGUCCCAGCACUCUUUGGACUCUCAGCUCAAAGUGAUCUUGAGCACAACCGCUACGAUGCAAAAGUCCUGCAGUAUGAAUGGUCUUCGCCGAACGACGAAGAGCAUCGUCAAUAACGCUCCUCUGAGGCAGCAUAUCAGUGAUAUUUCUAUCACCAGAACAGGGAAGCCCAUAAUUAGGACACAAGGUGGCAGGUCUUCUCUUGGAGGACAUACUGUUACGGUCUUCGGUGCUACUGGAUUUCUCGGACGAUAUAUUGUCAACAGACUUGCUCGACAAGGAUGUACAGUGAUUGUGCCUUUCCGUGAGGAAAUGGCGAAGCGCCAUUUGAAGGUCGCAGGAGAUUUGGGUCGUGUCAUAUUCAUGGAAUAUGAUCUCAGAAAUACACCAUCCUUGGAAGAGAGUAUCCGACAUUCAGACGUUGUCUACAACCUCGUUGGACGAAUGUACCCCACCAAGAACUUUGAUCUAGAAGACGUUCAUGUGGAAGGUGCUGAACGUAUCGCUGAGGCCGUUGCAAAGUAUGAUGUUGACCGUUUCAUCCAUGUUUCUUCAUACAAUGCCGACGUCAACUCGCCCUCGGAAUUCUUUAGUACGAAGGGACGUGGUGAACAAGUGGUCCGAAGCAUUUUCCCUGAAACCACUAUUGUCAGACCUGCUCCAUUGUUCGGCUUCGAAGACCGCUUAUUGCACAAGCUCGCUGGUGUAACUAACGUCCUUACCUCUAACCACAUGCAAGAACGGUAUUGGCCUGUCCAUGCCAUCGAUGUUGGUGAAGCUCUAGAAAAGAUGUGCCAUGAUGAUAGCACUGCUGAGCAAACUUAUGAGCUCUAUGGUCCCAAGAACUACUCGACAGCUGAGAUUGCCGCGCUAGUCGACAAAGAAAUUGUCAAGCACCGACGCCAUAUUAAUUUGCCAAAGUCCAUUCUCAAGCCAGCUGCUGGUCUCUUGAACAAGGCUCUCUGGUGGCCGGUCAUUACAGCUGAUGAGGUUGAGCGAGAGUUCAUUGACCAGAAGAUCGACCCAACUGCCAAGACUUUCAAGGAUCUUGGAAUUGAACCAGCCGAGCUCAGCAGUCUUACUUUCCACUACUUGCAAGGAUACCGAAGUGCUGCUUUCUAUGAUUUGCCACCGGCCACUGAACGGGAAAAGAGAGAAGAGAAGAAGUACUUGCACGUCAUUGAUGACCAGUAA